AUGAGCGACGCGGCAGAAAUCCUAAAAUCAGUCCAGAUAGGUUUAAAUGUUGCCAUAUUUCUUCUGAACACUGAUCGAGGCCUACGAGCGACUGAGCUAUGUAAUGAAUGCGUAAUUCUACUUCAAAACCUUGACUCUGGUAGUCACCUUGAUAUCUCCGAUGUACUAUUCAAUGCGUACUACGCCAUCUCUGGUUACAAAGAUGCAGAAAGACAUGCCAUCAAACUUCUUGACACAUUUAACCAUGCUUGGAGACUAAUCAUUGAAGUGGGAGACAUAUAUCACGCACAAAGCCGGUUUGCAGAGGCAAAGCAACUCUUUGAAGGCGCACUCACCAUCAUGAAAACAAUUGGUCACAAAAGAAAAGAAGCAGCGUCUCAUCGAAGACUCGGAACUGUCUGUACUAGCCUUGGAGAAUAUCAGAAGGCUAAAGAAUAUCACGAGAAAGCACUUGCCAUCGUGAUAGAAAUUGGCGACAGAAAAGGAGAAGAAGCAACAUACAGGAACCUCGGAAAUGUGUUUCAUUCCCUUGGCGAAUAUCAGAAUGCUAAAGAAUAUCAAGAGAAAGCACUUGCCAUCGCGAUAGAAAUUGGCGACAGAGGAGGAGAAGGAACAAUAUACGGGAACCUCGGAAAUGUAUGUCAUUCCCUUGGCGAAUUUCAGAAUGCUAAAGAACAUCACGAGAAAGCACUUGCCAUUGCGAUAGAAGUUGGUGACAGAGGAGGAAAAGCAACAAUAUACGGGAACCUUGGAAAUGUGUUUCAUUCCCUUGGCGAAUAUCAGAAUGCUAAAGAAUAUCAUGAGAAAGCACUUGCCAUCGCGAUAGAAAUUGGCGACAGAAAAGGAGAAGGAACAAUAUACGGGAACAUCGGAAAUGUGUUUCAUUCCCUUGGCGAAUAUCAGAAUGCUAAAGAAUAUCACGAAAGAGCACUUGCCAUCGCGACAGCAAUUGGCGACAGAAGAGUAGAAGGAACAACAUACGAGAACCUCGGAAAAGUGUUUCAUUCCCUUGGCGAAUAUCAGAAUGCUAAAGAAUAUCACGAGAAAGCACUUGCCAUCGCGAUAGAAAUUGGCUACAGAGGAGGAGAAGCGAUAAUAUACGGGAACCUCGGAGGUGUGUUUCAUUCCCUUGGCGAAUAUCAGAAUGCUAAAGAAUAUCACGAGAAAGCACUUGCCAUCGCGAUAGAAAUUGGCGACAGAAAAGUAGAAGGAACAACAUACGGGAACAUCGGAAGUGUGUUUAAUUCCCUUGGCGAAUAUCAGAAUGCUAAAGAAUAUCACGAGAAAGCACUUGCCAUCGCGAUAGAAAUUGGCGACAGAGUAGGAGCAGGAAUGAUAUACGGGAGCCUCGGAAGUGUGCUUGAUUCCCUAAGCGAAUAUCAGAAUGCUAAAGAAUAUCAAGAGAAAGCACUUGCCAUCGCGAUAGAAAUUGGCGACAGAAGAGUAGAAGGAACAACAUACGGGAACCUCGGAAAAGUGUUUCAUUCCCUUGGCGAAUAUCAGAAUGCUAAAGAAUAUUACGAGAAAGCACUUGACAUCAUGAUAGAAAUUGGCGACAUAGGAGGAGAAGGUACAAUAUACGGGAACCUCGGAAAUGUGUUUAAUUCCCUUGGCGAAUAUCAGAAUGCUAAAGAAUAUCACGAGAAAGCACUUGCCAUCGCGAUAGAAAUUGGCGACAGAAAUGAAGAAGGAAGAUUAUACGGGAACUUCGGCAUAAUGUUUCAUUCCCAUGGCGAAUAUCAGAAUGCUAAAGAAUAUUACGAGAAAGCACUUGCCAUCGCGAUAGAAAUUUCCGACAGAGUAGGAGAAGGAACAAUAUGCGGGAGCCUCGGAAAUGUGUUUCGUUCCCUUGGCAAAUACCAGAAUGCUAAAGAAUAUUACGAGAAAGCACUUGCCAUCAUGAUAGAAAUUGGUGACAGACUAAUAGAGAGAACAAUGUACGAUAGUCUCGGAAGUGUGUUUCGUUCCCUUGGCGAAUAUCAGAAUGCUAAAGAAUAUUACGAGAAAGCACUUGCCAUCACGAUAGAAAUUGGCGACAGAAAAGGAGAACAAAAAAUUUACGGGAGCCUCGGAAGUGUAUUUUAUUACCUCGGCAACUCUCAGAAUUCUAAAGAAUAUCACGAGAAAGCACUUGCCAUCGCGAUAGAAAUUGGCGACAGAAAAGGAGAAGAAGCGACAUGCGGGAACCUUGGAAAUGUGUUUCAUUCCCUUGGCGAAUAUCAGAAUGCUAAAGAAUAUCACGAGAAAGCACUUGCCAUCGCGAUAGAAAUUGGCGACAGACGAGGAGAAGGAACAAGAUACGGAGACCUCGGAAAUGUGUUUGAUUCCCUUGGCGAAUAUCAGAAUGCUAAAGAAUAUCAAGAGAAAGCACUUGCCAUCGCGAUAGAAAUUGGCGACAGAGGAGGAGAAGGAAGAAGAUACGGGAGCCUCGGAAAUGUGUUUCUUUCCCUUGGCAAAUAUCAGAAUGCUAAAGAAUAUCACGAGAAAGCACUUGCCAUCGCGAUAGAAACUGGCAACAGAAAAGGAGAAGAAACGACAUGCGGGAACCUUGGAAAGGUGUUUCAUUUCCUUGGCGAAUAUCAGAAUGCUAAAGAAUAUCACGAGAAAGCACUUGCCAUCGCGAUAGAAAUUGGCGACAGACGAGGAGAAGGAACAAGAUACGGAGACCUCGGAGAUGUGUUUGAUUCCCUUGGCGAAUAUCAGAAUGCUAAAGAAUAUCAAGAGAAAGCACUUGCCAUUGCGAUAGAAAUUGGCGACAGAGGAGGAGAAGGAACAACAUACGGGAGGCUCGGAAGCGUGUUUCAUUUACUUGGCGAAUAUCAGAAUGCCAAAGAAUAUCACGAGAAAGCACUUGCCAUCGCGAUAGAAAUUGGCGACAGAGGAAGAGAAGGUUUAGCAUACUUCAACCUUGGAAAGGUGUACCGCUAUCUUAAUAAAAAUCGGCAAGCUAAAGAACAUUUGGACAAAGCAGUCGGCGUCAGUAUUACAAUUGGUGACAGAGAACUGGAAGCCAUGGCUACUGUAGUUUUGGCAGAUGUCUCUGAUUCUGUAAAUGACAGUCAGAAGGCAAAAGAACAGUGUGAGAAGGCGCUUACAAUCAGCAGAGAAUGUGGCAAUAGAGGGUGCGAAGCACAACUAUACCUAACCGUUGGACGUCUAUCCCUAUCUUUUGGUGAAUAUGAUAACGCAGCGUAUUAUUUACAGAAAGCUUGUUCCAUUAGCAGCCAAAUUGGAAACAAAAUGGCUGAGUUUCAAAGUCUUCUCCUUAUUACAAUGUUAAAGAUAUCGCAGUUCGAGUUUGUGGAGGCAAUGGAAUAUCUUCUCCAAGGUAUCGAAAAACAUGAACAAAUCAGAACUCUUCAGAAAGGAAACAGUAGAUUUAAAAUUGCUCUGUUAGAGGAACACGGCACUUUUCCCUACAAGUUACUCACUCACCUCUUUUGCAGUACUGGAAACUUUCGAGAUGCUCUCUAUGUUGAGGAGCUGGGACGAGCAAUAGUCCUCGCAGAAAUCAUGGCAGACAAGUACUCUUCUCAAAGCCACAUCUCAGCUGAUCCACGAUCAUGGUUCGGGAUUGAAAACAUCGCGAGAAGAGAAAGUAACUGUGUUUUUUUGUACAUUUCGUAUAUAGGUCAGCAAGUUCUUCUCUGGGUAUUGAAAGCAAAUGGAGACAUUUUCUUUCGAAAAUCAGACCAGGUGAAAAUAGACACUCUUAUUGCUGAGCAAGUUUGCGAAGUGGAAGGAGUUUUCAAAAAGAGCGCCGAAUGCUUUGGUGUUUUACCCACAGCGAACUGCGAAGACCGAUCGCUGGAUGACGACGUGACGACAUCUCUUUAUGAUAAUAGCCAAGCAAAUUUGCGAGGUGACGAAACCAAAGGUACCGGAAGAAGUCAUCAUUUGUGCUACGAAUGGAUCGUCACACCUGUGGCAGAUUUACUCACAGAGCCCGAAAUCAUCAUUGUACCGGAUCGUUUUUCGUACCGAGUCCCAUUUGCUGCCUUGCGUGAUGAACAAGCCGGAAAUUAUUUAUCUGAGAAGUACAGAAUACGCAUCGUCCCUUCACUGACAAGUCUCCGGCUCAUUCAAGAAUGUCCAGCAGACUAUCACACUCAAACUGGCGGAUUGGUUGUGGGUGAUCCUACGGUUGGCAAAGUGCAAUACAAUGGACGUCUCAUUGACAUUACACCAUUGUUCUGUGCAAGUAAGGAAGCAGAGAUGGUUGGUCAACUGCUGGGUGUUCAGCCUUUAUUGGGAAGUCGCGCAACAAAGCAGGCGGUUCUUCAAGCAAUACCUUCAGUGAGUCUGAUACAUCUUGCCGCACAUGGAAAUCCCGAAAGAGGAGAGAUUGCCCUCUCUCCUCAAUGUACUACUAACAAUACUCCACAAGAGGAAGACUACCUCCUGACAAUGUCCGACAUUGAAGGAGUUCAAGUGCGAGCUAAACUGGUAGUACUCAGCUGUUGUCACAGUGGGCGUGGAUUGGUUAAAAAAGAAGGAGUUAUUGGAAUCGCUCGAGCAUUCUUAGCAUCUGGUGCACGUUCAGUGUUGGUAGCAUCGUGGGCUAUAGAAGACAAGGCAACGGCGAAGCUCAUGGAACAUUUCUAUAAACACCUUGUGCGUGGAGAAAGUGCCAGUGAAUCUCUUCACCAGGCCGUUCAGUGGUUGAGAAGCAAUGGAUUUUCCAAACCUUCCCAAUGGGCUCCGUUUGUGUUGAUGGGGGAUAACGUGACAUUUGAUUUUAUGAAAAAAGGGUAA